AUGAUAUUCAUGUGUGUGUAUGGAGCCUUUGCAAUUUUGGUAAUAAAUCUGGUUUAUUCUUUUUCUUUCUCCUUCUCUCUUUUUUUCACUAUCUCUCUCUCUCAAUUUCUCACCCUCUCAUUGCCGCUCUUUCUCACACCCUUCCCCUAUUACCCUCUCUCUCCCUCUCUCGCUCUAUCUCUUUCUCUCUUUUCAACUAUCUCACUCGUUCCCCACCCUUUUCUCAACCUUUGGCUUUCUCUCUCUCUCUCUCUCUCUCUCACUCACACUUUUCUCUCUCUCUCUCUCUCUUUUUCUCCCUUUCGCGCUUUCUCUCUUUCUUUCCAUCUCUCUUUCUCUCUCUCUCUUUCUCUAUCCAGCUCUCUACCUUUUUCUGCUUCUCUCGUUUUUUAUCUUUUUCUCACUUGCACUGUCUCCCUCUCCUUCUUUUUGACUCUUUCUCCUUCUCUCUUUCUCCCUCUCUCUUUCUCCCUCUCUCUUUCUCCCUCUCUCUUUCUCCUUUUCUCUUUCUCCUUCUCUCUUUCUCCCUCUCUCUUUCUCCCUCUCUCGCAUUCUCUGUUUUUCUGCUACAGAUUCAUAACAUUUAAACGACACGGUGUUUCUUUGAAAGUGUCCUUUUCCAACCGCUGUUUAUCUGUGUCUAUCUUUCUUCUUCUCCUUCUCGAAUUUCCUUUUUGA